CCCUACCAUCAACCAAACUCUUCCUUGAUGUACGUUGGUUCAAACGGGGGCACUGCAAUCGAAUCAAAAUCGCGAAGUCCCUGUCGAUGCACAGUAACAGCGUCGGGUCGGGGGGGUUUUAGCAAGGUUUUUCCAUUUUCAUCCACCCAACAUAAGGGAUUUUCUCUGCUCUUUUUCAUUCGCCAACAGAAAUGGGGUCUCUGCGAAAUGAUGACCACGGAUUGCCGGAGAAGGAGACCUCAGAAAACGGAGAGGAAGAGCCGAUUCUCAUGGAUAAACCCCAGAAAUUCACAAUGUUCCCAAUCGAGUAUCCCCAGCUUUGGGAAAUGUACAAGAAGGCAGAGGCCAGUUUUUGGACUGCCGAAGAGGUUGAUCUAUCACAAGACGUACAGCAGUGGGAAGCUUUGACGCCAUCGGAGAAGCACUUCAUAAGUCAUGUUCUGGCGUUCUUUGCAGCAUCGGAUGGGAUUGUAUUGGAAAACUUGGCUGCUAGAUUUCUCAACGAUGUGAAAAUUCCUGAGGCUCGGGCAUUUUAUGGAUUUCAAAUUGCUAUCGAAAAUAUACAUUCAGAAAUGUAUAGCUUGCUCUUGGAAACGUAUAUCAAGGACUCGAAGGAGAAGAACAGCUUGUUUAAUGCUAUCGAAAACAUUUCGUGCAUUGCUCGGAAAGCCAAGUGGGCUCUGAAUUGGAUUACGAGUUCGAGCUCAUUUGCGGAGAGGCUCGUUGCUUUUGCUUGCGUCGAAGGAAUUUUCUUCUCCGGGAGCUUCUGUGCUAUUUUUUGGCUUAAGAAAAGGGGAUUGAUGCCAGGCUUGACAUUCUCCAACGAACUUAUUUCGAGAGACGAAGGUCUCCACUGUGAUUUUGCUUGUCUUCUGUACAGUUUACUUAGGAAGAAACUCGAUAGGGAGAGAGUUUAUCUUAUCAUUGAAGAAGCUGUAGAGAUUGAGAUCGAAUUUGUUUGCGAUGCUUUGCCUUGUGCGCUCAUUGGUAUGAAUUCGACUUUAAUGAGCCAGUAUAUAAAGUUCGUUGCUGAUCGACUUUUGGCAACUUUGGAGUACCCGAAGAAAUAUGGUGCGGAAAAUCCUUUCGAGUGGAUGGAGUUCAUAUCUCUACAAGGAAAGUCUAACUUCUUCGAGAGAAGAGUCGGGGACUAUCAAAAGGCGUCUGUGAUGUCGAAUUUGCUGAACGGUUCCCAGGAUUACGAGUUCAAAAUGGACGAGGACUUUUAGGCGUUACUUAGAUUUCGUUAUCGAAAGGUAGAAUUAUGAUUCGGAAACUAAGGGCUUAGAAUUUUUUUGAGCAAACACACGAUUUGUAGAAUAUAUAUAUCAGUGUCUUGCCACGGUGAUUGCUCAAUCGACCUCGUCUUGUAGAAGUUGCCGCUUGGGCGUACUUGGUUAAAUCGCUAUAGUAUAUGGAGGAUUUUACGAUUGCUCGAAUUUUUUCUUCGCACAUUUUUAGUUUUCUAUGUAUAGAGUAUUGUAGCGUAGUUUUCUUAUUACGUUCAAACUUAGCGCAUCGACGCUGUAGAAAGUUCAGAGAUCAAAAUGGCUUAGGAUAAUCGAACUUUAAGAGAGUUGAUUGUAUAUGAUUUGGCA